CAGCCUUACCUUUCUUUUCUCUUCUCUCAUUUUCGGACACUACAAGGUACUACUCACUUCCUGCCUUUCUCUUUCAUAAGUUUUUUCUUUUCCCUUCUUUUUUCUUUUUUUACUUCGUUGUUAUAGAAUAGCAAUAGUAGUUAGAAGUAUUUCCCUGUGAAAUUUAUAUUUUUUAUUCUGGAUAUCUGCUUCUCUUUGCAAUGUCUAAAUUCCUCAAAUUUACGCUCAUUCAAGUAGUUCCGUAUGAUAUUAUUGGCCCUCUGUAACAUCACCAUUGAGCUUAAUUUGGUUUCAGAGUGUUGUGUUAGCUUAAUUGAUUUCCAAAUUUAUAGUCCAAAAGUGGAGUGCCCCUUGAGGUGGUGAAUUUAAAGGAAAGUUUUGAUUGGUAGAAGUAUAAAUUAAAUCAGUAAUCUUAGUCUUUCCUGUGAAAGGCUGUAAAUUUAUGACAUUGUUGUUGUAUUGAAUUGAUGAAUGGUCAAAACGUUAUAUGUACCAUGUAGGGUUUGCAUUGAUGGAAAGAGGAGUUUUUUUUCCUUUCAGCAAUGUUGAUGUUCUCUUUAGUAACUUAUUUAAUGAUCUCUGGGCUAUAAUUUUAAUAUCUGAGUUCGAACAAAGUAAUCUUUGAUUUACUGGUUCGUUCAUUGAACCUCGGAGGUUAGUCUACUACAUAUCCAAUACUGGUUCGUUCUCGAUGCAGUUUAGGGUAUCGGCACAUUCCCUUGGAUGGACCGACUACCGAAAAUUAGAUUAAUUAAAGAAAGAACAGGAGAAGUAAGUUACUAAGUCUGUUAGGUAAGAGGUUAUUUGGCUUAAAUGGCUAAAAACAAUUGGUAACUGCCAUUUUUGCCAAAAGAAGUGAGAAAAUACCUAUUCUUUUGAUAAGCAGAAUAAAUCCAGUACUUGCAACCGAACAGGGCCAAUGUUUCUUUUUUCUUUGGGUGAGUCAUGUUUCUUCUCGCACCUAAGAGUCUCCUUGGCUAAUAAAAUAGGGAAGUAUACAUUGUUACUAAGGCGAAUUCUUAUUUACCCAAUCCGCGUAGUAAUUUUCGCUUUGUAUCUACUACAUUGAGGUUGAUAUUUUUAAGCUUUUUUAAAGUAUUAUUGUCUGCCAUUAGGUAUAAUGCAUCUUAGUUUUGAAUAGAUUUCUUAUUAUCUCAGAUCUUUGAUUUUUGUUUGUUUUAGACAGCUUUUAUUGCAUCACUGAGGACUCUUAGAGCACUUUGGUUGAGAGACCCUCUCGUGUUACAAAGGGUAAUGAUUUUUCAUAAGAAAGAAGAUGGAGAUAAAUACUGGAAUUCCCAAAUCAAAGGAUAAGAGACCGGUGGAAGGAUGCAAAACUGAUAGAGAAACCAAGAGGGCUUCUGAAAGUGUUCCAAAUGAGUCUCCUGUAUUUAUCAAUUACGCUGCUCUUGCUUGGGAGGAAAGCCGAAGGAAAUGGACUGGGGACACUUCAAAGAAGUCAGAUAAGAUGGCGAAAGAUCCAAUCAUAAGCUGGUCACUGAACUAUGAGGACUUGCUUGCAACUAAUGAGCCUUUCUCUGAGCGAAUCCCCUUAUCUGAGAUGGUAGACUUCUUAGUUGAUGUUUGGUACGAUGAAGGGCUUUUCGACUAAGAGAUUUGGCGCAACAUUACAUGCAGUUCAAGAUAAUUGGUCUUGUUUAGUAACGUAGCAGCCAGUUAACCCCAGCAGCAAAUUCAGAUAAAACAUAGAUUUAUUUUAUUACUGUAAAAGAUAAGAUUCUUGUGUUUAGUUUGUUUUCUGAUCAUCGCCUACAUUUGUUGUAUUACCACACUGAAUUAUACCAUUUGCAUGCUUUGAAUCAACAUUUAGUUAAAGCUUGUUUAGAGGCAACAAAUCCACCACACCUAAAAUGUGGACUUGAAGUGUCUCACCGUAGAGUGAAACCCCAAACUUGGCGGGGCUACCAAGGGACCAACUCUACAAUUUGACCCCCAUGAUUCCUUAAUGGCAGGGUUCGGGUUCAGUUAUGGGUGGGUUUAUCUAGGCUUCAUAAAAAUUGGGGCAUUAACAGUGGUUUAGGAUUUAGGUUUCAGUCGAACCGUGUUAUCUACAUUAUAUUGAGGUGCUAUCAGCUCUGGUGUUGAGAUUGUUAAUUCUGGUCCUCCAUUUGAUAUUUGGAUGGUCUACAUUCUAAGGUGGUGGUCAUAAGGGUUCUAUAUUAGAGAGCUUGCCAAGGUUGAAAGUGAUGGAAGUGGUCAGGAAGAGAAUGGUGAGCAAAAAUGAUUGGCAAAAGUCUGAAGAUUGUAACAUAUGGUUUUCUAUAUUGAAUCAGCUUUAAUUUCAUUAGUUUUAUGAAUUGAUUUACAUUACAGAUUUUAGUGCAUGUUUUAUCGACACAAGUUCCCGCUCUCCAGCUUUUGUAUUAUUUACAAAAGGGAAAUUGCCCUAAAUAAGAGUAAAAAUGUUAUGGAAUGCCAAAUAGGAGUACUAUGUUUUUAUUCCCGAAA